GAGAAUAAGAAAAUGUAAAAAAAUUAUUAUGAUUAAUAUAAUAUAAUAUGAGCGUUCGUAAAAUUCAUCGUGAUCCAGGACCUUAGACUGAAGGGUAUAAAGGAGUAUUUAAGGGGAUUUCAGAAAACCUGGAUAUAGGAGUAGGCAAGUAUGCUCCUCCAAUAGCUUUGGAGCAGAGAGAACAUCACUAUAACAUAGGAUGGAAGCCUUGGUAAUAAUCUAAUGAAACUGUUUAUGAAGUUGAUUAUAAAUAAAACAAGGAAAUCGUAAAAAGAGAAAAUGUAGAAAAAUUACAUAAGUUAUUUAGUGUGCAAAUAUGCAUCCACCAACAAUACAUAUUGAUCAUAUUAAUGUGCCUUAUAAAAAGGAAACACAUUUUAAUUCUGAAUAUAAGAAUUACAAAGACUAUCAAAAUCCUCCAAGAGCAAAACCAAUUAGAGAUAAACUCACAUUGAUGGCUACAUAGAUAGUGAUGGGAGAUGAUAAACCAAUAUAUAAAACUGCUUAACUGAUUGCAUAAGAACCUAAACCACCUUAAAGAUAAUUAGUUUAUCAUCCAAAACCUGAGAAAUAUGAUAUCAUUAGUAAUUAUGAUGUAUACUUUAAUAAUUAAUGAUUAUUAGGCAAAUUAAGAUAGAAUUAAAAAAGCAUCUGCUUUUGAUUACUGGAAUCCUACUUCAGAUAAGAAACAUCAAUCAUUUAAUACUUCUGAAAUACCAUAAUAUAGAAUAGGUAGUAGAGAUCCCAUUACGGGUAGAUUCAUUUCAUGA